AUGGCCAUCAUACAAGUUGGCAAGGCAGACAAAGAUGAAUCUCCGACAUCGAAAAACUACAGCGGAGAUGGCACAGAUUCAAAUCCCUAUAUUGUCGAGUUUCAGUUUCAAGAUCCUGACAAUGCCAUGAAUUUCUCUCCUGCCAAGAAGUGGUUCAUCAUUUUCAUUGUCACGCUAUCUGUGUUCGCUGUGACUCUGACCUCUUCUGCCUACUCGGGCUCCGCAAACGAAAUAUUGAAGCAAUUUCAUUGCAGCUCAGAACUGUUUGCUCUGGGCAUUUCUCUUUAUGUGCUUGGAUUCGCUAUCGGGCCUGCGCUGUGGGCGCCGCUGUCAGAGCUUUAUGGGAGAAAAAUCCUCUUUAUUACGACGCACAUAUGCAUGGUAGCCUUUGUGGCUGGCUCAGCGGGAGCUAACUCGAUGGCAACGCUAUUAGUCUUCAGGUUUCUGACGGGAAUGUUUGGUGCAUCGCCGUUGACAAAUUCCGGCGGCGUCAUUGCCGAUAUGUUCCCAGCUUCCCAGCGAGGCUUAGCAAUGAUCUUCUUCUGUACCGCACCAUUCAUGGGCCCCGUUCUGGGCCCCAUCAUUGGGGGUUUUAUAUCGAUGAACGUUGGAUGGCGAUGGGUGCAAGGGGUAUGCAGCAUCUUUAUUGGUGCUGUGUGGAUUGCCGGCUCGAUAUUCGUUCCAGAGACAUAUGCGCCGGUGAUAUUGCAAAAACGAGCAGAGAAACUCUCGAAAGAAACGGGCAACACACACACGACCGCUUUCCAGCAGCGUAACAGUACGCUGGCGCCGUCGGAGAUCUUCCGCAAAGCUCUCAUGCGACCUUGGAUUCUCCUAUUCCGUGAGCCUAUCGUCUUAAUCGCCGCGACCUACCUGGCAAUUCUAUACGGUACCAUAUACAUGUUCAUGCCGGCACUGCCCAUCGUCUAUCAGCGAGGUCGAGGAUGGAACGAAGGAGUAGGAGGCCUGGCUUUCCUCGGUUUAGUUUGCGGUAUGCUAGUCGGGAUUGUAUACGCCAUUUUCGACGACAAUCGAUAUAAGAGACUUGGUAAAGCAGCUACACCCGAGUCUAGGCUCCCUCCUGCGGCGGUUGGCUCUGUUGCUCUACCCAUCGGGCUCUUUGCUUUUGCAUGGACCAACUCACCCAGCAUCCACUGGUCCGCCAGCAUCAUCCUUUCCGCGCCGUUUGGCUUCGGAUGCGUACUGGUAUUCUUGUCCUGUCUCAACUAUCUGAUUGAUUCAUAUACAAUCUACGCAGCAUCGGUUUUGGGAGCCUCAGCGAUGCUCAGAGCAUUUUUUGGCACAGCCUUCCCUCUGUUUACAGACCAGAUGUAUGAUGGCAUCGGUAUUCAUUGGGCAAGUACAAUACCGGCCUUCUUGACACUUAUAUGCUUGCCUUUUCCAUUUGUAAUGCUCAAAUAUGGAGAGAUGAUACGACUGAAAUGCAAGUACGCACAGGAAGCGGCAGCUUUGAUGGCGCAAAUGCACGCGGAAGCUUCUACUGGGUCAAGUGACGGUGAAUGA